GAGGAAUUUUUGAAGUUGCUUGAUUUUCCAGUCAAAAGUUGUUUUUGUUUCGUGUAUGCCCAUGCUGCCGUAAUAAUUGUUAGUAAAUUAAGAGCAAAUGGCUCUGCAGUUCCAGGUGAACGGAAAGUUCGGCCGGAAGCCCAUCAGCAGGCUGGACGACCCGGAACGGGUGCGCAAAGAUCUGGAGCGUCAGCGUCGCAUAACCCGUUUGCAGCAGGUGCGUGUGGCCUCCAACAAUAUGACCAAGACAAUACGCGAGAAAGUCUCCGCCGAGAAGAAGCGACAGCUUGAAAUCCUGGAACGAACGAAACAGAAGGAGGUUGACGCCUGGCGUGAGCAUGUUUUGGCCAAAAAGCACCAGGACUACCGCUCGGCCAUUUUCCAAGUGGGCGGCGCCCACCGCGCAGCGAGGGAAGAGAAUGAGCGUAUCGAACAGCAGCGCCUGGAGAAAAAAGAAAAAAUUAAUAACUGCCGCAAGCAGGCGGCGAGGUCGUUAAAGCUCAAAGCCAACAAUGUUAAGCUGCUGCCAACGACCGAAAUGAACCUUAAUCCGGAGGGACGAGCCACGGCGGGCACACAAACCCCGACUAUACCGGUCGAGAACAACGAGAAUCGUCUUCGCGGUGGUUCCGAAAAACCCGGUUGGAACAAUGAGAGCAAGCGCAAUAGGUGUUGCGAUGCCUUCACCGAUGAGGAUGAAUCAACCGAGGACGACUCUAUAUUGACAAGCACAAGUCCCACAAGCAAUAGUCGGCUACAGAAGACUCCGCCGGUAAUACUUGAUGUGGACAUGGAUGAUUCGCUUUCCGAAACCGUGAACGAUGAUCAGGGCUUGGAGAUCAACGAUCGGUUCAUGCAAACCAACCGCAAAUUCAGCCAUGUGGUGAGACCCAACAAGGAAGUCAGUCCAGAGAGGACAGAGAGCCAGCGCCGGCCGAGGUUCACCCAGAUCACCGAUUUGGUCAGACGCACUGAGACCAUGACAAGUAUUAGAUCCGAACCAAGUCGUCCGACAGAACCUGAGGUGGCUGAAACUGUGCCACCGAGUCCCACCAAAUCACUGCCACGGUCGCCUACUAAAACCAUAAUUCAAGUGGAGGCAGUAUCUACUAAGACCACCAAAUCGGCAGGAUCUCCCAAGAAAUCUAGCUUAGCAACACGCCAAGCACAACAACAACCAGUCAAGCGAGGUGGCUUAAAAACGAAUCCACCUCCCGCCAAGGUUAUUGAUCCGGGCAUCUUGAGGAAUCAAAAAGGAAAGACACAGGCCACACUUACAAAAGUGGCUACCGCCAUAAAGGAUCCAGCGCCUCCGACCAGGCCGGUUCCAGCGCAGCAACCAAUUGGAAACCUGCGACCUAUUCCCCAACAAGCAAAUUUACCACAACAAAUGCCUGUCAUGCCGAACCCCCCGAUGCCACAGGCAUAUCCUCUGCCACAAGCUCAGCCAUAUAUUCAUAUUUAUCCGCAAGCAAUGCAACCUUACGCGGUGCCAUACUCGAUGCCCUUUCCCAUGCCACCUCAUCCAAUGUACGGCCAGCAGCCAGUGCAUGUGCCCGCUACGACAGCACCCCCGAGCAUCACCACCCAGUCCACGGUUUCCACAAGCACUACUACAGUGCAGCAAGGAACAAAGACUGUACAGUCGGGAGGACGGGUUCAGUUCUAUGAUCACAGCAACAAAUACCAUCGAACCUACGAGGCGCCAACGCAGUCUGUGCAAUGCAAUGAGAAAGAUCCCACUCAGCUGAACGCAAUGGAUCAUGCCCGCAUCGAGGAUCAACUAAGAGAACUACGAGAGCAGGAGCUGGAUAAACUCAGAAAAAUUACCCACGAUCGGGGUCAGAAGGCCUUGGAGCGCGAGCAAAUUCGUCGAGACUGCGCAGAGCUCACGGAAAAACUGGAUGCCAUGACCCAGCAAGAUCCGAACCUCUUGCCGAGCGAUGCCAACUUUACGGCUAGUCAUCGAUAUGUGGAUGUGGCGGCCAGGCGAGAGCAGAAAAUGAACGAGGCCAUGGAACAAAUGCUGCUGCGUCCGUCCAUUAUUACCUGUCCCGAAGUCAGCACCAAAUCAGGCCCAACUACAUCGGCGCGAAAAAAGGUUAGUGUUUCGGAAGCGGUUAACUUAGGCGAAUAUCCAGUUAGAGGUAAUCGAAACUACGUGGACAGCACCGAGAGCUGCUGCUCCAUCCUUCUCGAUUAUGCCGACGAUCAGAGCAAGCAGCUGAGGUCCGACAUUAAGGCCCAAAAGAGCAACUCCGUAAAGUCGAUGAGACUGCGGGGUCUGCUGGAUCGAAUUGAAACUAUACGCGAACACCUGCUGGAUGAGCUGAAGGCGGGCGAGGACGCCGAAUCGAAGGGUGACAAUGCCCAGAAGUUGAUUGACAACAUACGUCAAGAGCGAGCGGAUAUUCUGGCGGAAAGAACGAGGUCGCUUAACGAACGGGAAUCGGAUUUGCAGCAAAAGGAAGCCAUUCUUGAUCAGCGCUUAAAAGAUUUCUACAAAGAUGUUCAGAACAAGAAAUCCAGUGAUGAUGGUAAUGGUAAAGCAGCCUCCAAGUCGGACAAGCCACUGGAGAUAAUCAUCAAAGUGCAAAGUGACGGCACCGUGAAGCAAUAUGUGCCGCGCGGUAAAUCAAAACCUAAAGCCAAAGUGGAAACUAUGGUAAACGGCAAGGUAGUUCCAACGGGCACCUCAGACAACACACCCAGAGAGCAACCUGAGAGAACAACACAGGUCGCGACCGGAAGGCAGAUUGCGCCACAGGAUCAGCGUCAGAACUCGUUUGAUUCGAACUCCACCGCCUAUCGCAGUCUGCCGCCUGUGAGCUACAAAAGCUUCAAUCCCAACAGGGGCUCCGAAGGGGAACGUUCUGCAGUGGCGCCUUUACAUCCCUUGAUUGCUCACUACAUCGAUCGUCUGCUAACGAUGACAACCGAGAACAUGGCCGAAGUAGCUGUGAGCAACUCUGAUCUAACCACACCAUCUCCAUCGAUCAUCAACACAUCAAGUAAUGUAUGCCCGGAUCCGGACAAGGAAUAUGCGGAUAUCGUAAAUGCUGAGCGCAUGGAGCGGGUCGAGAACUUCAUUGCCGAGAAUCGUAGCUUUGUCAACGACCUUGAGGAUUCCAUACGAUGCCAGCAGCAAUUACAAAGGGAGCAGCAGGCCCACGACAUAGAGAAAAGCAUACAGAACUUUGAUAAGAUCUGGAAGAAGCGUUUAGCGACCAACCAGGAUGAAGCCAACAGAAAACUCAAGGAAAGAGAAAGGCCAGAUGCAAGUAAAAGGCUUCAAGAAGUUAAUAAAAGAGUGAUACCCCAGGAUAAUCGUAAAGCCCAGCCUCCCCAGGUGGACAAAGACAGAAGGCAAAGAACUGAGACCCGAGUCCAGCAAGAAAUGGUGACCAGAGUAGGGCAACAGACCUCUGACGGCAAAACAUUCACUGUGACGCAAAAAUCGAAAACAAAGUCGACCAGUGCAUCCUCAUCGACCCGUCAAAUGGACCGUUUCGAAGAGUUAACAGAGAAUUGCACCGCGCGUAUUGCCGAGCUGACAGACCUGAUCACUAAGGUGCGCGAGGAGAAGCAGCGUCUGGUGGAAGUCACACUCACAUCGAACAGUGAUGGCGAGCGCCAGUCUACGGAGUACUUCGAGCUGCCAACUGGCCAGAAGCAGCACGAGCAGCCCAGAAGCAGAACCCAAUCUGAACGCAGCGAUUCCCAGACGGCUUCCCUCUCGGAGGGUCUGCCUCUGCAGAAGAACAAGCCCACGGCUGCCAGCAGGGAUAGUGGCAUUGCGGACUCGCGCCCCCUUACGGCUCAAGGGCAUGUAAACGUGGAGACAGAGCCCGUUUUGCUAGGCUCCUCCAACAAUACAUUGCGGAAUCGGACUAAAGCACCUCCAGCUACCAUCCGGCGUUAUAGUCCCCAGUUGGACGAGGAUGACUUGGGCCACGAACUAUCCACUAUUACGGAAGUGGAGACUCCGGGGCAGUCACACAUUGUGGCCGCUACACCGGUGCCCAGGCCAUUUCCUAACUUUGAGCAGUAUGCCAAGGAAUUGCAUCUGGACUUGUCCACGGUGGGAGCUAAUGAGAGCCAGCAGCUGCAGCGCGAUUUCAACGAUCUUGUAGAAGUGGUUCAUCAGCGUGUCGGCGCUGAUUACCGUGAGUUUCCCACCAUUAAUGCGUACCUGCAUAACAUUACCACCACCAACCAUCACAUGGAGGUGGGUGAGGACCAGGAACAGGAGACCAUGGAAACGGCAGAAUUGAUCCGUCAGUUACGGGUGGUUAAUUAUAAAAUUCGUGAGUUUCCCAAACGUAGAGAAUACUUACAGAAGCUAGUUGAGCAGCAGCCGGCCGAUGAGAGGGCGCUAAUAGACAGUGCUAGCCUCGAGUCAUCCGAUUCCCUGGAUGUGGAGCAAGAACUGCGCCAGCGAAGGAUUCUACGGAGCUCCUUUCGUCGCGGCAUUAUGUCAGAGGUCACACUGACGGCCCAAGAGGUGGCCAGUAGCACGCGGCGCGAAAGCGUGGCUCCCACCGUCAACGAGCCUCCCAAUGAGAGCGGCAUUGAUUACCUAACCGGAAGCAAUUACUCUUCCGAUUUGGACCAGAGGGAUCCGCACUGGCAUGCCCCAGUGCAAAAUAGAAGGAAUCGGUUGGGUGGUAUGCAGACCAGCACUGCCAGCACAUCGCCAGAACGGAUACCUCGUCGCUCCAGGGCCGGUGAGGGUAACCAUCACCGGUCCCACGAUGAGUCCGGCAUGCAAGAUGCCAGUCAACUGGGGAAAUCUCUGAAUUUACGGCAAUUUCUGGCUCGGGAACUGAUCAGGCAUAGCGGGCAGACCAGUGAAGGAGAGAGUUCAGACGAAUCUCUUAGACGACACUUCCUGAAGUCUGUCCUCCACUCUUUCUCGCCAAACACCACGAAUUUAAACCCAGCCGUGGCCGUGAGCAAUGCCACUGGAGCCACCAACGACAGACAAAAGACUUCCACUCCCGUUGGCUCCUUCAUUUCAUUGCCAAAUAAAUCCGGUUCCAUUCAGAGCACGGGCACGGCACUUUUUUCCGGGGAGAGCCGCCUCUCCCUGGUCAAUUAUCCGGAUGGCACUCCACCCAUUCCCUACGAGCAACAAAGUAAGCAAAGUACAAAACACAACCCAUCCCCAAAUCAAAUGAUGUCUGGCGGUAAAGAAGCUCAUCGAAAGUCACCACGUAAAUGAUCAGGAAAAAUUAUGUUUGGAUUUUAAAUUGUAUUAUUGAAUUGUAUAAACAAUUAUUUCUAUUUUAAUA